UUUCCGAGUAGCCUUGAACGCACCAUUCCCGAGUUAACCUGCGCCGGCCGGGCUGCGUCAACGAGCGCGCCGUCCGCCACUAGCGAGCGUCGUUUGUCAGCUUCAAAUUCCCGGGGGGAGGCGGCCCGACGCCCGGCUUCUGUCCACACACAGGUCCGCGCGAAGGAUGAACCGCAGCAGCAGCAGCAGCAGCAGCAGCAGCCGCCGCCAUGGCCCGCAGCAGCGCUAACGCCGAAACCCUGGAGGGCUUCCACGAGGUCAACCUGACCUCGCCCACCACGCCCGAUCUGCUGCAGGCGGAGCAGCGGCCGGGCGCUUGCCACGGCGCGCCGCCCACGUCCCUGUACCGCACGCACUCGCUGGGGGCGCCGCCCGCCGGCUUGCGCGCCGACCAGCUGCCCACGCGGCCCGUCUACUCCAUGCCCACGCACGCUCGCAACGGCAGCGCGCAGGGCCCGGAGACAGACGGCGUCGAGAGCAACUUCCUGUCGGGCGACGAUGGCGGCGACGAGUGCGGCGGCCUCAGCGACAGUUUCACGCGACUGCGCGGCCCCUCGGUCACGGAGGUGCGAGAGAAAGGAUACGAGCGGCUCAAGGACGAGCUGGCCAAAGCGCAGAGGGAGCUGCUGUUGAAGGAUGAGGAAUGUGAGAAGUUGUCAAAAGUGCGAGAUCAGCUGGGCCAGGAGCUGGAGGAGCUGACGGCCAGCCUCUUCCAGGAGGCCCACAAGAUGGUGAGGGAGGCCAACGUCAAGCAGGCCAAUGCCGAGAAACAGCUGAAAGAAGCCCUGGGCAAGAUUGAUGUGCUGCAGGCGGAGGUGCAGGCCCUGAAGACGCUGGUGCUGUCGUCACCCACGUCUCCCGUGGGCGAGCUCCCCAACGUGGGCGGUGGCGGGGGGAAGGCGGCCUUCCGGAAGGGCCACAGCAGGAACAAGAGCACCUCCUCGGCCAUCCUGGGAACGCAGGCCGACCCGUCGGCCACGCAGCCCAUCGUGCGGGAGUGUCGAGAGGCGGAUGCGCAGCUCUUCAGCGAGUUCAAGGCCUGGAAGGGGGAGCCCACGCUGGACCGCCGCUGCUGCUUCCUGGAACGAGUUUACCGCGAGGACAUCUACCCCUGCCUCAACUUCAGCAAGAGCGAGCUGGGGUCGGCCAUCUUGGAGUCGGUGGAGCAGAACACACUCAGCGUGGAGCCGGUGGGCUUCCAGCCGCUGCCCGUCGUCAAAGCCUCGGCGGUCGAGUGCGGCGGACCAAAGAAGUGCGCCCUGAGCGGACAGACCAAAACCUGCAAGCACAGAAUCAAGUUUGGAGACUCGCCCAACUAUUACUUUGUAUCCCCGUACUGCCGAUACCGAAUCACGGCGGUGUGUAAUUUCUUCACCUACAUCCGUUACAUCCACCAGGGGCUCGUCAAGCAGCAGGACGCAGAGCAGAUGUUCUGGGAGGUGAUGCAGCUACGCCGGGAGAUGUCCUUGGCCAAGCUGGGCUACUUCAAAGACAACCUGUGACCAGCCAGCCUGACUGUCCUCCAGAUGCUCCCGCUCUGGAUCAACCCGGUGAUCAGCGUACGUUCCUCAGCACACUCGGCAGUGUUACCGUGACAACCCUUUGGCUCACUUCUCAUUCCGUUUAAAAAAAGAAAGGUGAGCUUACUUGACCAAGUUUUGGUGUCCUAAUCAAGCGCCAAAUGGCUCUCCUUGAUGCCAUGCCAAGGCAAUUUGACUUUCUUCCCCUAGCGCUGUGUAUAAAUGUUGCAAGAAGUCAUAAAAGGUGUCGUCUGCAUUAGUCUGGCUUAUGCAAGCAUACCGCAGUAUCUUUAACUUUCCUAUGAAGAACUUUACAUUUGGAAAUUAUUUUUAAUAAUGUCUCAUUAUUAUUAUAGACAUAAGAUAUAUAUACAGCUAUAAUUUAUUCAAUUGAAAUCUGUUUACUCUAGAAUGAAAGUAAGUUUCCGAAAGAGCUUCAAACCUUCCAUUGUGUACACUUGUGGUCUUUUUCCAAAUUGGAAACGGCAUCCGCAUGACUAUGACCCCAAUUCCAAGGCGCUCGCUCUCGGGGCGUUGGACUUGGUCUUUCCGUCUUUCGUAUUUAUAAAGCUAAGGAAAGCAAACAAAGACGCUGAAGGACGUUUGCAGCAUUUUUUCUUUGAUGACCUUGUAUUUUUGCACGUGUGCGUGCGUGCGUGACCCUGUAAACGUUCUCAAGUGAGCAUGACUUUGUCUCUUUUUCGUUGUCAUUUCAAGUCACCAUCAGUCACCACUUUGCUUUAGUGCCUUUUCUCUCACGAUGAAAUAAACAAAUGAAGACGAAACAAA